UCUUCUUCUCGGAAAGAACUUCAGGAGGCAUGGAGACUACCAUCUUUGGAGCGCCGUCAUGAGGACACAUUUCGACCGUGCGUGGUAUGUCAAAAGGAGGCAUGUUUUGGACAGUUUCAAGUUGUGGAACUCUCGCGGAGCAGAGGUAAAUAAGUGUGUACAGGGGACGGGAAAUUGUAAACAACAGCAUUGUAUAAUUAACCCGGAAAAUGUAGUGGUGUCAAAGAAAUUGGAGGAGUUCUUGGGUAGAGGUCCGAAGUACUGUGUAAACGUUAAGCCGUCUAGACUCGACGUGUUUUCUGACAUACAGUCAAUCGCCAGGGUUGUGGAUAGUGAGGAGAAGUUUGCGUUUGUCGAAGAUGCUGUAGGGCGCAUGGAAAAAUUAAUGGGAAACGCGUAUCCCAUCGAUAGGAGGAAUUUCAAGGAUGUGAGAGCGGUGAAACAAGAGUUAGAAAGGAGUUCGUUAAAACUGUUGCAGACAGAUAAAACAGGAAGGUUUGCAGUUUUGCCUGUACAGGCCUUUCAGAAGAAGUCGGAGGAAGCGUUGGGAUCAUUGUUUAAUGAAUGGAAGGGCAAUAUCGGGAAGCUGAGGAAAAGCAUUUGCAAGGUUUUUCAGGAGGAAAGCAUGGAAGAGGUAGCGAAAAGCGUUUUGAAACCGUUGCGUUCAACGCUCACCCUUAAGUUCUUUUUGAAGGAUCACAAGAUUGAAAUGCCCCUUCGUACCGUUGUUAACGAGAAUGGGACGUGGCAGAAGGUCGUCUCAUGCUUCUUACAGCGGGGUUUGAAGUUAGCUAAUUUGGAGAAGUCAAUUGCCUUAAAGAACUCUAGUGAGUUGAUUGAGGUAAUGGAAAAGUUUCACGGAAGGAAGUGCGCGGUAUUCUCCAUGGACAUCAAGGACCUAUAUUACUCUUUAGAGAAAAGCAGACUAAUGAAUAGAGUGAGGAUCGCCUUGGAAGGGAACCUUAUUAAGUUUCAAUCAGGAACAGGAAUAGCGGUGGAUAGUUUUCUUUCGGUGCUAGACCUUUAUUUACAGUCAACGGUAUUGGAAUACGAAGGUCGCAAUUUUGUGCAAAAAGAGGGAGUUUGUAUAGGUUCGUCUGUAGCGCCUUUGUUAGCGGAAAUUUACUUAAACACGGUGGACCAGCAAGUGUAUGACAAGGUAGAGGAGUUGUCUCCAAAGUGUUUUGUGAAAAGAUUUGUGGAUGAUAUCUUAGUUUGCUCUGUUCAGGAAGGAUUGGACCAAGUUUUAGAACAAGUAGUAAGGUCAGCGGCGCCAGAGUUGAGAUUCACGUUAGAGAGGCCAAGGGGCGAGGUCCUGCAAUUUCUCGACCUGCGUUUGCAUUUGGAACGAGGUCUUUGUUGGGAGUAUGGGAAGGAAAACCCAAAACCGGUUCUGUCAAAGAAUAGCUGUCACUCGAAAAAUGUAAAAGCCGGGGUAGUCAGAUCUUUGAUUAGUAAUGCUUUGGUGAGAUCAUGCAUGCAUUUCGGACCGGAGGCACUAAAAAACCAGUGGGAAAGACUGGUAAUGGCAGGAUAUGGGGAAGAGUACAUCAAAAGGCAGAUUGCCCUACAGUGCAGGGAGAAAAAGGGGAAGACGCAAGAAAUCAGGAAUAGGUACGCUGUGGUUCCGUAUUUUCACGAGGUGUCCCACAAUCUUAGAGCAUGUGCAAAAAAAUAUGGCGUGGAUGUCGUAUUCAGCACGGAUUUUAGGUUAGAUAGAUUGACACCUUUUGAAACGGCUCAGAGGGGCUGUCAGAAGGCGCAUAGGGAAAAGUCGGUGCCGUGUAGCGUAGGCGUGGUGUAUGAGGUUCCUUUGGCGUGUGGUUUUAAGUAUGUAGGCCAAACCUCUCGGUGUUUAAACGAUCGUUUAACAGAACACAAAAGGAAUGUUAAAAAUAAUGCAGCAAAUUCGGAGUUGGCUAAGCAUCUGGAGGAGUGUAGAAACUGCACAACGGAUUGG